AUGGACAUGCUGGACCCGGGUCUGGAUCCUGCUGCCUCGGCUACCGCUGCUGCCGCCGCCGCCAGUCACGACAAGGGACCCGAGGCAGAGGAGGGCGUCGAGCUGCAGGAAGGCGGGGACGGCCCUGGGGCGGAGGAGCAGACGGCGGUGGCCAUCGCCAGCGUCCAGCAGGCGGCGUUCGGCGACCACAACAUCCAGUACCAAUUCCGCACAGAGAAUAAUGGAGGACAGGCUGUAAUCCAAAAUCCCUUCAGCAAUGGUGGCAGCCCGGCAGCUGAGGCUGUCAGUGGGGAGGCACGAUUUGCCUAUUUCCCAGCGUCCAGUGUGGGAGAUACCACGGCUGUGUCCGUACAGACCACAGACCAGAGCUUGCAGGCUGGAGGCCAGUUCUAUGUCAUGAUGACGCCGCAGGACGUGCUUCAGACAGGAACGCAGAGGACAAUUGCACCCCGGACACACCCCUACUCCCCGAAAAUCGACGGAACCAGGACACCACGGGAUGAGAGAAGGAGAGCUCAACAUAAUGAAGUGGAGCGGAGGCGGAGGGACAAGAUCAACAACUGGAUCGUCCAGCUUUCAAAAAUCAUUCCAGAUUGUAAUGCAGAUAACAGCAAGACAGGAGCGAGUAAAGGAGGGAUCCUGUCGAAGGCCUGCGACUACAUCCGGGAGCUGCGCCAGACCAACCAGCGCAUGCAGGAGGCCUUCAAGGAGGCCGAGCGGCUGCAGAUGGACAGUGAGCUCCUGAGGCAGCAGAUCGAGGAGCUGAAGAACGAGAACGCCGUGCUCCGCGCCCAGCUGCAGCAGCACAACCUGGAGAUGGUGGGCGAGAGCGCCCGGCAGUGACGCUGUCUGCCGCGUGCGGCGCGGGCUGCCUCCGGGCCCCUGCCGUCCCUUUCCCCAGCCCUUAGCACAGAGAGGGACAGACGCCCCUCCCCCAGCUGCGUUUUUUAUAGUAGAUUUUUAACAAAAAACGGGGAGAAAUAAUGAAUUUCUGUGGAUAAGCACCCACUGCUCUCCUCAACUUGGAAACAAUAUCCUCCCUGCCCGUCUGUCUGUCUGUCUCCCUUCUCCCGGCCCCUACUCAGCCCUGGCACUUCUAGUGGUCUCACCUGGAGGCAAGAGGAAGGAGGACAGAGCCCCUGCCAUACCCCACUGCCUCCUUGGACUCUAGAGGUACUGAGACAGGGUGCUUAUGGGAAGGAGGGGAGCCUUUGGGGGGCCAGCCCUGGGGCCUGGACCUAAGCAGGGAGGCCAUGUCCCACCCCACCUCUUGUUUCUGGAACCCUGCUCCUCUUUGGGUGUGUGAGUGUGUUCUAAUUUUCUUUAUGGAAAAAAAUGGACAAAAAAAAAUAGAGAGAGAAAGAGGUAUUUAACUGCAAUAAACUGGCCCCAUGUGG